AUGGACUACUAUUACGAUGAUUACUACGAUGAGUAUUACGAACAGCCGGACUUGGCUGCUGCACGUUUGUUGCAUCGCGAACUGAACUUCGAAGAAACGAUUACCAACUGUGUGCAUCCAUCGCUACGGUUUGCCGCACAGUACAUGACAAAUUUCGUCGCUGUCAACUUGCUGUUCAGUAUUCUGGUGCUAUGCUUCCAGAAACUAUUCCCAAGCUCCAAUCGAUCGCUGCAUCUGCUGAGCUGCAUGUUUGGUGCCGUUUUGCUGUAUCGAGUUAUUGAUCAUGGGUUCUAUCACUUCCUACAGCUAGCGGUAUCGCUAUACGUGGUGCAAUGGACACUGCAUCGAUGGUUGUCCGGCAGUGGACGCUACAUAAAAACUCCAUUCAUCGUUAUAGCGUAUGGUAUUGGAAACCUGCUGGUUAGCGAACUGCUGGAACCAUCGCCGGAAACUUGGAAUCGCAUUCGUGGAACACAGAUGAUUUUGUUGAUGAAGACACUUUCAUUAGCCUUCGAUACGGAGGAGAAUCAAAACCUUCGGAAUCAACUAAACGUAUUGUCAUAUACAGGAUAUAUACUCUGCCCAGCAAAUGUCGUACUUGGACCUUGGAUCACUUUUAAUGAUUAUUUGAAUAUCUGGAAGCCACUAUCACCCGCUAUCGGUCAAAAUGGAUCUUCUGCUCAGCGGAUUCGAAUACACGUGACCAGAAUAUUACUCAGCGCACUACUGGCAGUUGGAUUUUUGCUUGCUUCCAAUUGCAUGAUCGAUUAUCUGCUCGCUCCGAUUGCAAGCUGGAAGUGGGUUCGAGCGUAUGGUAGAGCGCUUUCCUUCCGCACCAGUCACUAUUUCAUCGCCUAUCUAUCCCAAUGCACCAUGAUCGCGGCGGCAGUCGACUGGAACCCCGUAACAUCACCGUUGGCAGUGGAGUUUCCCCGCUCCUUGGUGCAAGUGGUAACGGCAUGGAACAUACCGAUGCACCUGUGGCUGAAACGCUACAUCUUCCGUACCACCAAACGACCGUUCGGAACAGCUGCCGCAAUUACCAUCACAUACAUCAUAUCGUCGCUGCUGCAUGGAUUGCAUUACCGGCUGUGGAUCACGCUGCUCACCAUCGGCUCGUGGACGUUCGUGGAACAUGAAAUGCGAAAGAAGCUCGCAACGAUCUACUCGGCGUGUGUCCUCGUUGGCAAGUGUCCCGGCGCGUGCACCGUGCAUCAGCACAGGAGCAAAAGUGUGUUCUGCAUCGUUAUUAACGCGCUCUUCUUCGCAUUGAAUACGUUCAAUCUCAUCUACCUUGGAUGCAUCUUCGAAACAACGGAGGGACCACCGGAAGAAGCUGAUCAUGACAAAUCCAUGUUUGGUCGUUGGACAGAGCUCAAUUACACAUCCCAUUGGUUGCUCGUCUUUGCCUAUCUGUUCUAUUUCGUUAUCUGA